GGAAACGAGGGUUUAGAUUGGAGAGAGGGCGACGGGGAGGAUUAGAGGAAGAGGAAGGGGAGGCAGCAGUGACAGGGAUCUGAAUCUUGGCCCAGUGUUGUAGCAUUGAUUGCAUGCGCGCAUGUGGGAGUGAGCAGCAGACAUGCUGCAUGCGCGACCGAAUUAUGGCUUCUGAUCUCGGGCGCCGCGGAAUUUCGAAGCUCGAAUUAUGUAGCGGUGGGUGGGGGACAGGCGCUCGCGCUUGGUGACGACUUUAAUUGGGAUCGAGGAUUGAUCGCACUCCCUUUGCGUUCGUCGGGAUUUCGUGAGGCUGGUUGGGUUUUGGUGCAUGCGGCAAUGCGGAGAGAGGUGAGAGUGGAUGCAGACGUUGGAGUCGUCUUGGGCUGAUCUGACCUACCUUCCUGGCUUCGUUGCUCUUCUUCGACUCCGUAACGCUUUUUGGUUGGAGGCAGCUUGUUAUUAUAUCGAGUGUUCUGACUGGGGAUGCGAGUUGAGGAUAGAUGAAGUUUGGCAAGAAGUACAGCGUUUUCGUGGAGACGGAGGCACACAGAUUGCUUCCGGAGUGCUCUAAUGUGGAAUUUAAACGUUUCAAGAAGCUGUUGAAAAGGUGUCCCCUUCAUUGUGCUGCGAACGAGUCUUCUUCUUCCGAAGAGGCUUUAAGUUUGGGUGUUUCUGUUCCCGACGAUGCUUCUACUACCUCUGAUGAUGAAUGUCAUCCUCAGCAACGCUCUCAAAGCGUUGAAAUGCAUGAGUUUUCCUGUCCAGGUGAGAGUUUUAAGGACACUGUCUUUGCGGUGCUUUUAUGGCCUUGCACUCUAUCGUACGUGUUCCCGAAGACCGUCCGUCUGGACUUCAAUCUCGAGUGUCCUAUUUGCCUGCUUGUGAUGCUGAGUUCUUCCCAGAUCUUCUGAAAGCGGUUUCAUCUGUCGUGGAUUACUUCACAAAGUCGUCACGUCAGUUGCGCAAUCUUCACUUGGCAACGGGACCCAGGAGGCUUCUCCUACGAUUGAAGACCAAAAUCAGCCCCGAUACUCCAAACAUGAUGAAAGUUGGAAACACCUUAGUCUCGUACGGCUGCAUGAACGCUUUAGCAGUUCGCAAAAUUUUAAAGAAAUAUGACAAGGUACAUGGCUCGCUCAAUGGAAGAGAGUUCAAGACCAAGCUUCAAGUCAUGCAUGCAGAACUGUUACAAUCACCAUGGUUAAUUGAACUAGGCGCUCUUGCGAUCAAUCUCAUGGCUCCCAAAGUACCGAGGCCCUUAUGUCUAGCAGAUUCAACUGAUUCUAUGCAUUACGGUCAAGCGCAUCAGUCCUUCCAAGCACAACAACUGGACUACUGGACCUGUGACUUUGAUAGCGAGAAACACACUUUAUCGUACGUGUUCCCGGAGACCGUCCGUCUGGACUUCAAUCUCGAGUGCCCUAUUUGCCUGGAAGUCGUGUUCGACCCAGUUGCGUUAGGAUGCGGCCACAUCUUUUGCAGGAGCUGUGUAUGUGCAGCGGCCUCUGUGCCGGCAUUUCAAGGAGUCAAAGCAGCCCGUCGAGGAGACAAAUGUCCGAUAUGCAGACAGUCUGGAGUUUAUAUCACCGCAAUGUAUCUGGAUGAACUCGCGGUUAUGAUAAAAAUCAGGUGCGAAGAGUAUUUCCACGAGCGGAAGCUUGAAGAGCGAGAGGCUCGUCUAAAAGAAGCCAAAGAAUACUGGGAAAGGGAAGCGGUGGCCAUGAUGGGAUUCUGACCUGAUUCUGAUCCAUCACUCUCGCUCGUGUGGGCCGUGGCCAGUCUUUGAUCCUCGUAAGGUGUUGGGGAUCUGAAACCUAUCGGAAAUAGAACGAUAAAUGUAAAUGUAUUGUACAGGUUUCCUCUGAAUAUGAUCACGGAAUUCAAUAUUGCGAUAGCCCGACGACAUUAAGUCGAAGAGCAGCCUUGUGAAAAAAUGAUUU